GAGUACAAGUUGUAUAUUUACUAUCUUGCUCUAUCGCAUCACAACUUGCGUCAAUGCAAUUGUGUUUUGCGUGGGUGUCUUGCGUACAGUGUGGAUAUGUACAUCGAAUAAGAUAACAGCAGAUAUUAUCCGGCGUUUCAACUGUUUAUAGCAAAAUGUUCAAACUAUCGUUAAAGCGUUUCGCAUCUUUGCUCGUUUUUCAAUUAUUUUUCUUAUGUGUCGAUUUGGGUAUAAACAGUUUCUCGUAUCUCGCGCGAGGGGAUAAAGUGUCGAUUAUCUUCCUAUUUUUAGCUCAAGAUGUAUGUUUGAUCCUAUCGCUUACAGCUAUUAUAUUUAGUUUGUACUCUACCUACGUUUAUCAGGCCGGUAUGGCACAUUUGUUGUACGAGAAAUUUCGGGUUCCACUAUUGGUAGCUAUGGUAUAUUUCCUGCUUUGCGUCAGUCUACAUAUCUGGCAGGUAGUUGAUCAUCACAAAUCACCGUAUCUCUUCCAAUGGCCAAAGGCUUUAACUGCUCUGUUUAUUGUUCAAAAAUUGUUUUCUCCCCUUUACUAUUACCUUUACAAAAGAUCUGCGUUGAAGAUGAGCGACCCACGGUUCUAUGAAAAUUUGGAUUGGAUCACUUCUCAGUUGGCUAUCAAGUAGAUUGAUUAUCUCGUAAAGAAGAGAUAAUCGUUUUUUUUUUUUCAUUUUGCGUAGGUUGCAACACAAAUGAAAUUAUUGAUAUGAGUCAAUACUGGCAACAAGCCAUCGAAUAGGAUAGCUAUGACUAUUAAGAGUUUCUAUCCGCUUCGAAUUUUUCUGUAAUACUAACAAUUAAAAUGACUGGUAGGAAUGCCACUUAUGUAUUGAGAGAAAUAGUAGCAGAAAAAUAGGAAGUCUGAAUGUGAAAUGAUCUCUUUUGAUUGAUAGAACCUUAUUCGGUGGGAUGAACAGCUCUUCGGGUCUGGAGCCGUUAUGACUUCGAAAAUGGCGACAUAUCUUUCGUCAAAGGAAACAGUACUUCCUGCUCAAUUGCAUGGCUCCGUUCAGUAUCCUUAUUUCAGGUAAACGGGCAUGCACAAUUAUACUGAAAGAGAAAUUACAUUUACUCACUUUUGAUUUUGACUCAUUCAAUUGUUGGUAGAAUGUGGGUUACUUAAUUUCAACUUACAAAUUCUCGCUGUGGACGGAUUUACACGUUGUUUCCUGUGCAAGGAAAUUUCGAAAUUAAGCAAAAAGUAACCAGUUAAUUAGUACUUUUUCUGGUUCGAUAAAUGUUUUAUUGUUGGUUUCGCACUGAUUGAAAUAUUUCCGGAAACGAUGCAUCCUUACUGUAAUUUGUUUCAAUGCUUUUUUCUCCUCGGGACAACAAAAUAUGUUUGACAUUUAAUAAGUGUUCUAUAAUAAUCGUGAAACAUUGAGCAAGCGAAUCUAUGCUUUACAUUAGCUUUGACUUUUUCGAUUUCCAGCUGAAUCUUUUAGGGCAUAUUCAGGAGUGUUCUAGUUCUAGAUGCAUAAUUUAUGUCAGUUUUAAAAUUUAAAUCUAGAAAUUAUAACAAAAUAAACUGGCAGCCCCAGCAGCGUUUUAUCUGUGUUUCAAAUAUAUAAAAAAUAAAACGGCAAUGUAUACCAGUUUUAAAUUUGACAGUAGAACUGGUCGAAUAAAUAAAACUAAAACGGAUUGCUGGGGAUACGUUUGUUUCAGUUUCAUUUACAUUAUAGACCACCCAUAUGAAUCUUGCAGCUGCUGAAUUUGCUCUUAAGAUGACAUGGCGAGUAUUAUCUGAUAGUCGAUUCAGAACCAAACACAAAUACAAAGUAGCGAUUGUAGAUAAUUAUUUAAAUGUUUAACAUAUCAAUAAAAAAACAAAUGUUUAUGCGAA